AUGGACAGCGAGAAGAUGGCAACCAGUGCUAGUUCAUCAUCAACAAAGUCUCCUUCAGAGCACAGUGAGCCUCACAGCGAGAACAUUACAGCACAAAGGCUUGAGAAAACUCCUGCUGCAGGCCCAUUGAACUGGGACGGCCCUAAUGACCCUGACAACCCGUGGAACUGGUCCUCAGGAAAAAGAUGGUUUGGAACAAUUGUGCCUGGAUGCUUCUGUAUGCUCGUAACAUUUGCGUCAUCAGUUUAUGUUCCUGGCGUUUAUGAGGUUGCUGCCAAGUUCAAUGUUUCAAUUACCGUGGCUCUAUUGGGGAUCUCGAUGCCAAUGUUCAGUGCGCCGUUAUCAGAGGUUUUUGGGCGAAAGAUGGUUUACUUUGUAAACCUGCCAUUCUUCUUGCUCUUCACGAUGGGCGCGGGCCUGGCUCAAAACAUUGAGACACUGGUCAUCUGCAGGAUGUUUUCUGGGAUUUUCGGAGGACCUGCACUCGCUGUUUCGGCCGGAUCAUUUGUGGACGUAUGGGAGUUGAAGAGCUCGGGGUUGGCAGUUUCUGUCCAGGCGAUUGCAACCUUCAUGGGGCCUGCGUUGGGCCCGAUUGUUGGUGGAUACCUCGCGCAGGACCAGAGCUGGAGAUGGACCAUGUGGAUUAUCCUCAUUUUGGGAGGCGCGAUGAUGGUUCCUCUCUACUUUAUGGAAGAGUCCUACAAGACCGUGAUUCUCAAGCGCCGUGCCAUUGCCCGCGGUCAAGAGCUUCCGCCUAAGCCAGACCCAAAAACAGCGUUGAAGAUGAUUUUUACAAUCACCCUUGCAAGACCGUCUGUAAUGUUGUUCACCGAGCCCAUCGUUCAGGCUGUCGCGCUAUACUCGUCGUUCGCAUUCGCUGUGUUGUUUGGUUUUUUUGAGGCGUACCCGUAUGCAUUCCAGCGCGAGUAUGGGUUCACGUUGGGACAAACGGGGUUGUGUUUCUUGGGUAUUGCUGCAGGGUUAAUUCUGGGGUGUGGGAUUUACCUGCUCCAAGAUAGACUAGUCUAUGUUCCGGCCCUAAAGAAGCACAAUGGUAACCCGCCUCCGGAGAUUCGGUUAGUGCCCGCCAUGAUUGGAAGCUGUCUGAUGCCUAUCGGACUUUUCUGGUUUGCGUGGACUGCAAAGAAGGAUAUCCACUGGAUCUCGCCUGUUAUUGCUGGCGCGCCGUUUGGUGCGGGUCUUGUUCUGAUCUUUCUUACGGCGGUUAUGUACAUCCUAGAAGUAUACCCACCACUAGUGGCUGCGUCUGCAAUUGCGGCGUUGGGUCUCCUCCGUUAUCUCCUUGCCAUGGCUUUCCCGUUGUUUACACCUCGAAUGUACGAAAACCUUGGUAUCGCUUGGGGAACAUCAAUCUUCGGCUUCAUUUCCCUUGCCAUGAUGCCAAUCCCGUGGGUCUUCCAGAGAUGGGGCCCCUCCAUUAGGGCCAUGUCCAAAUUCGAUGCGGUCAGAGACUAA